AUGCGGGGCCCGCUGGGCACCGAGGAGGAGCUGCCGCGGCUGUUCGCGGACGAGAUGGAGAACGAGGACGAGAUGUCAGAAGAAGAAGAUGGUGGCCUUGAAGGCUUCGAUGACUUUUUCCCUGAGGAGCCCGUGAGCCUUCCCAAGAAGAAGAAGUCCAAGAAGCUCAAGGAGAACAGGUCCAAAGGGAAGAGGAAGAAGAAAGAGGGGAGCAAUGAUGAGCUGUCGGAAAAUGAAGAGGAGCUGGAGGAGAAGUCGGACAGCGAGGGCAGUGACUACUCCCCAAAUAAAAAGAAGAAGAAAAAACUCAAGGACAAGAAGGAGAAAAAAGCCAAGCGAAGAAAGAAAGAUGAUGACGAGGACGACAACGACGACGGAGGCCUCAAGGAGCCCAAGUCCUCGGGGCAGCUCAUGGCCGAGUGGGGCCUGGACGACGUGGACUACCUGUUCUCGGAGGCCGACUAUCACACGCUGACCAACUACAAGGCCUUCAGCCAGUUCCUCAGGCCACUCAUCGCCAAGAAGAACCCGAAGAUCCCCAUGUCCAAAAUGAUGACCGUCCUGGGCGCCAAGUGGCGAGAGUUCAGCGCCAACAACCCCUUUAAGGGCAGCUCGGCGGCGGCAGCCGCGGCGGCAGUGGCCGCGGCUGUGGAGACGGUCGCCAUCGCGCCUCCGCUGGCCAUCAGCCCCCAGCAGGCACCCCAGCCUGUGCCCGUCCGCAAGGCCAAGACCAAGGAGGGCAAGGGGCCUGGAGUGAGGAAGAAGAUCAAAGGCUCCAAGGAUGUGAAGAAGAAGGGCAAAGGGAGAAAGGUGGCCGGGCUCAAGUUCCGCUUCGGAGGGGUUGGCAGCAAGAGGAAGAAAGGCUCCUCGAGCGAGGAGGAGGAGCGGGAGGAGUCGGACUUCGACAGCGCCAGCAUCCACAGCUCCUCCGUGCGCUCCGAGUGUUCUGCCCUGCUGGGGAGGAAGAGCAAGAGGAGGCGCCAGAAGAAGAGAAUUGAUGAUGGUGAUGGCUAUGACACGGACCACCAGGACUACUGUGAGGUGUGCCAGCAGGGUGGGGAGAUCAUCCUGUGCGACACCUGCCCGAGGGCCUACCACCUCGUCUGCCUGGACCCAGAGCUGGAGAAAGCCCCCGAGGGCAAGUGGAGCUGUCCCCACUGUGAGAAGGAGGGGAUCCAGUGGGAGCCGAAGGACGACGACGACGACGACGACGAGGGCGGCUGCGAGGAGGAGGAGGACGACCACAUGGAGUUCUGCCGCGUGUGCAAGGACGGCGGCGAGCUGCUCUGCUGCGACGCCUGCCCCUCCUCCUACCACCUGCACUGCCUCAACCCGCCGCUGCCCGAGAUCCCAAACGGUGAAUGGCUCUGCCCGCGCUGUACUUGUCCCCCGCUGAAGGGCAAAGUCCAGCGGAUCCUGCACUGGAGGUGGACAGAGCCCCCAGCCCCCUUCAUGGUGGGGCUGCCGGGGUCCGACGUAGAGCCUGGCGUUCCACCACCCAAGCCCCUAGAGGGCAUCCCGGAGAGAGAGUUCUUUGUCAAGUGGGCUGGGCUCUCCUACUGGCACUGCUCCUGGGUGAAGGAGCUACAGCUGGAGCUCUACCACACGGUGAUGUAUCGCAACUACCAAAGAAAGAACGACAUGGACGAGCCACCGCCCUUUGACUACGGAUCUGGCGAUGAGGAUGGCAAGAGCGAGAAAAGAAAGAACAAGGACCCUCUCUACGCCAAGAUGGAGGAGCGCUUCUACCGCUAUGGCAUCAAGCCCGAGUGGAUGAUGAUCCACCGCAUCCUGAACCACAGCUUCGACAAAAAGGGGGAUGUGCAUUACCUGAUCAAGUGGAAAGACCUGCCCUACGACCAGUGCACCUGGGAGGUUGACGACAUUGACAUCCCCUACUACGACAACCUGAAGCAGGCCUACUGGGGCCACAGGGAAUUGAUGCUGGGGGAGGACGCCAGGCUGCCCAAGAGGCUGGUCAAGAAGGGCAAGAAGCUGAAGGACGACAAACAGGAGAAGCCCCCGGACACGCCCAUUGUGGAUCCCACGGUCAAGUUUGACAAGCAGCCGUGGUACAUCGACUCCACGGGCGGCACACUGCACCCGUACCAGCUGGAGGGCCUUAACUGGCUGCGCUUUUCCUGGGCCCAGGGCACCGACACCAUCCUGGCCGAUGAGAUGGGUCUGGGCAAGACAGUGCAGACCAUCGUCUUCCUCUACUCCCUGUACAAGGAGGGCCACUCCAAGGGGCCCUACCUGGUCAGCGCGCCCCUGUCCACCAUCAUCAACUGGGAACGCGAGUUUGAGAUGUGGGCGCCCGACUUCUACGUGGUCACCUACACGGGGGACAAGGAGAGCCGCUCUGUGAUCCGGGAGAACGAGUUCUCGUUUGAGGACAACGCCAUUCGGAGUGGGAAGAAGGUGUUCCGGAUGAAGAAAGAAGUGCAGAUCAAAUUCCACGUCCUGCUUACCUCCUACGAGCUCAUCACCAUCGACCAGGCCAUCCUGGGCUCCAUCGAGUGGGCCUGCCUCGUGGUGGAUGAGGCCCACCGGCUCAAGAACAACCAGUCCAAGUUCUUUAGGGUCCUGAACAGCUACCAGAUCGAUUACAAGCUGCUGUUGACGGGCACCCCCCUUCAGAACAACCUGGAGGAGCUCUUCCACCUCCUCAAUUUCCUGACUCCAGAGAGGUUCAACAACCUGGAGGGCUUCCUGGAGGAGUUUGCCGACAUCUCCAAGGAAGACCAGAUCAAGAAGCUGCAUGACCUGCUGGGGCCGCACAUGCUAAGGCGGCUCAAGGCUGAUGUAUUCAAGAACAUGCCGGCCAAGACCGAGCUGAUCGUCCGCGUGGAACUGAGCCAGAUGCAGAAGAAGUACUACAAGUUCAUCCUCACGCGGAACUUCGAGGCGCUGAACUCCAAGGGGGGCGGGAACCAGGUGUCACUGCUCAACAUCAUGAUGGACCUGAAGAAGUGUUGCAACCACCCUUACCUCUUCCCCGUGGCUGCUGUGGAGGCCCCUGUCCUGCCCAAUGGCUCCUAUGAUGGCAGCUCCCUGGUCAAGUCUUCAGGGAAGCUCAUGUUGCUGCAGAAGAUGCUCAAGAAACUGCGGGACGAAGGGCACCGUGUACUUAUCUUCUCCCAGAUGACCAAGAUGCUGGACCUCCUGGAGGACUUCCUGGAGUAUGAGGGCUACAAAUAUGAGCGGAUUGAUGGUGGCAUCACCGGGGGCCUCCGGCAAGAGGCGAUUGACAGAUUCAACGCCCCUGGGGCCCAGCAGUUCUGCUUCCUCCUCUCGACCCGGGCAGGUGGCCUGGGCAUCAACCUGGCCACGGCGGACACGGUCAUCAUCUACGACUCAGACUGGAACCCGCACAAUGACAUCCAGGCCUUCAGCCGUGCCCACCGCAUCGGGCAGAACAAGAAGGUGAUGAUCUACCGCUUCGUGACGCGGGCCUCGGUAGAGGAGCGCAUCACGCAGGUGGCCAAGCGCAAGAUGAUGCUCACCCACCUGGUGGUGCGGCCUGGCCUGGGCUCCAAGUCCGGCUCCAUGACCAAGCAGGAGCUGGACGACAUCCUCAAGUUCGGCACGGAGGAGCUCUUCAAGGACGACGUGGAGGGCAUGAUGUCUCAGGGCCAGAGGCCCGCCACGCCCAUCCCUGAUGUCCAGUCCUCCAAAGGGGGAGCCCUGGCCGCCAGCGCGAAGAAAAAGCACGGCAGCACCCCGCCAGGUGACAACAAGGACGUGGAGGACAGCAGUGUGAUCCACUAUGAUGAUGCGGCCAUCUCCAAGCUGCUGGACCGCAACCAGGACGCCACGGACGACACGGAGCUGCAGAACAUGAAUGAAUACCUGAGCUCCUUCAAGGUGGCGCAGUACGUGGUGCGCGAGGAGGACGGCGUGGAGGAGGUGGAGCGGGAGAUCAUCAAGCAGGAGGAGAACGUGGACCCCGACUACUGGGAGAAGCUGCUCCGGCACCACUAUGAACAGCAGCAGGAGGACCUGGCCCGCAACCUGGGCAAAGGCAAGCGCAUCCGCAAGCAGGUCAACUACAACGACGCCUCCCAGGAGGACCAGGAGUGGCAGGACGAGCUCUCGGACAACCAGUCCGAAUAUUCCAUUGGAUCCGAGGACGAGGACGAGGACUUUGAAGAAAGGCCGGAAGGGCAGAGUGGACGGCGACAAUCCAGGAGGCAGCUGAAGAGCGACAGGGACAAGCCCCUGCCCCCGCUUCUCGCCCGGGUCGGCGGCAACAUUGAGGUGCUGGGCUUCAACGCCCGACAGCGGAAGGCCUUUCUGAACGCCAUCAUGCGCUGGGGCAUGCCCCCCCAGGACGCCUUCAACUCCCACUGGCUGGUGCGGGACCUUCGCGGGAAGACUGAGAAGGAGUUUAGAGCCUAUGUGUCCCUCUUCAUGCGGCACCUGUGUGAGCCGGGGGCUGACGGCGCGGAGACCUUCGCCGACGGCGUGCCCCGCGAGGGCCUCUCCAGGCAGCACGUGCUCACGCGCAUCGGGGUCAUGUCACUAGUUAGGAAGAAGGUUCAGGAGUUUGAGCACGUCAAUGGGAAGUACAGCACCCCGGAUUUGAUCCCUGAGGGGCCCGAGGGCAAGAAGCCAGGCGAGGUCAUCUCCUCGGAUCCCACUACACCGGUGCCCGCCAGCCCUGCCCACCUUCUGCCUGCCCCGCUGGGCCUGCCAGACAAAAUGGAAGCCCAGCUGGGCUACUUGGAAGAGAAGGAGCUGGGGGUGCAGAAGCCAAAGAAGCCCCCGGAAAUCCAGGCCCUGCCAGCUGCCCUGGACAGAGCGGAGGGUGAGGGCAAGCACGAGAACUCGGAUGGCAAGGAGAGGGCCCGAGAGGAGCGACUGGAGGAGAUGGAGAAGGCCCAGCCCUCCCCAGAGCAGCUGCCGAAAGAAGAAGUGCUUGCUGAGAAGGAGAAGAUUCUGGACAAGUUGGAGCUGAGCUUGAUUCACAGCAGAGGCGAUGGCAGUGAUUUCAGGCCAGAUGACACCAAAGCCGAGGAGAAGGAGCCCAUUGAAACACAGCAAAAUGGUGACAAAGAGGAAGAUGAGGAGGGAAAGAGGGAGGACAAGAUCGGGAAGUUCAAGUUCAUGUUCAACAUCGCAGACGGGGGCUUCACAGAGCUGCACACACUGUGGCAGAAUGAGGAACGUGCUGCUGUGUCCUCGGGGAAAAUCUACGACAUCUGGCACCGGCGCCAUGACUACUGGCUGCUGGCGGGCAUCGUGACGCACGGCUAUGCCCGUUGGCAGGACAUCCAGAACGACCCGAGAUACAUGAUCCUCAAUGAGCCCUUCAAGUCCGAGAUCCACAAGGGCAACUACCUGGAGAUGAAGAACAAGUUCCUGGCCCGCAGGUUCAAGCUGCUGGAGCAGGCGCUGGUCAUCGAGGAGCAACUCCGGAGGGCCGCGUACCUCAACAUGACCCAGGACCCCAACCACCCCGCCAUGGCCCUCAACGCCCGCCUGGCCGAGGUGGAGUGCCUUGCCGAGAGCCACCAGCACCUGUCCAAGGAGUCCCUCGCCGGGAACAAGCCUGCCAACGCCGUCCUGCACAAGGUCCUGAACCAGCUGGAGGAGCUGCUGAGCGACAUGAAGGCGGAUGUGACGCGCCUGCCCUCCAUGCUGUCCCGCAUCCCCCCAGUGGCCGCCCGCCUCCAGAUGUCAGAGCGCAGCAUCCUGAGCCGCCUGACCAACCGAGCCGGGGACCCCACCAUCCAGCAGGGCGCUUUCGGCUCUUCCCAGAUGUACAGCAACAACUUUGGGCCCAACUUCCGGGGCCCUGGACCGGGAGGGAUUGUCAACUACAACCAGAUGCCCCUGGGGCCCUAUGUGACCGGUAGGUGCCCGUCUGCUUCCGGGCGGCAUGGGCGGGGGCGCCCGCGGGGCCCCAGGCAAGCCGAGCUCUCCUCUCUUUGCCGCAGAUAUCUAGCCGUCCCCGAGAUGUCCCUCUGCUGCCGGGCUCGUUUCCAGUGGAGCCGCGCCUCCCGGGCCCCCUGCCCGACCCCCGCAGGAGAGAAAAGCUGCCGCCUUUCUAGAGCCACGCCACCCGAGGACAGAAAGGGAAACGGAGAAAUGCCACCUCGUGGGGACGAGGCCACCUGAGCCCAGAAGUGCCACCUGCUCCUAACCCAAGUGCUCCCCACACCACCCCUCGGCCACCUCUGCCAGGACGACUUCCUAGAAGAGA